UCCCUCCCUCUAUCCCGUGCGUCUCGCGCUCACUUUGAUCAACGUAGGGCUCCGCGCAGUACGCGCUCGCUCCGUCGCGCACCUUUACCGGACUCUAUAAUCUGACACGGACUUUGGGGACAGUCUUAAAAUGAAUUUACCACAGGCACGACUUUAAAUUCAUCUCUCACGGACGCGCUCUGCUCCUCCCCAAAGAACCGGAACCAGCUCUGCGCUCUGGAGGGGGCACGAGAGGGGAACCGAGGGGCACGCCGCUCACUUUUAAACGUUCGUAUUGUGUGUCUGGACAGUUUUCAUCAGGAAAACUUGAGUUAUGGGAUGUGUCGGGCUUGUUUAUUACGCCGGGUGUGUUUCAAAACUUUUGAGUCAUUUACAUAAUGCUUUCUUGUGUGGCUCAACAUGAAGCGCGAUUUAAGAUGCCACAGAAAAAGGUUAAUAUGUAUAUAAAUGUGGUAUAAAGACUGUAACGGACUUUUAGCUGAGAUUACAAUAACAGUAACAUGUUGACGCGCUUUUAAUAACAAAGGUCCGAGUCUUCUCAUGAAUAACUGUUCGCCGCUUCUCUUCACGUGCACGAUGUUAGAAGCUUGUUAACUUUCUGAAGGGAUCAUUAAGAGUCUUUUUUAAUAAUAACAAUAAUGAUUUUAUUAUUUUUUCCGAAAAGUGUACGAGUUUAGUGUUAAUGGUGCAUCAGUUUAGCGCGUGUGAAUGCAGUAAUGUUAGGCAGUCCGUCUAAUAACGGAGGCAUUAGGAUGCUCGUUCCCCCCGCCAACAAUGACGACAGGCGGGUUGAGUUUGUGGCUCUCACGGCUGUUCAUACAGAAAGAAGCGAGCCAUCAUCCCCAGAGCGGGCUCACCCAUCUCACCGCACCGGUUUACUGGGCACACCGCUGCCUGUGCCACCGGGACCCAGGGCGACCCCUUCUGCCUCUAGCAAAAGCUACAGAAAGUUACAAAACUGCCUGUACAACGUGCUGGAGAGACCCAGAGGAUGGGCAUUCAUCUAUCACGCCUUCAUUUUUCUUCUGGUAUUGAGCUGUCUGGUGCUUUCUGUUUUCUCCACCAUCCCCGACCAUCAGAAAUUCGCCAAUGAGGCGCUCUUCAUUCUGGAGUUUGUGAUGAUUGUGGUUUUUGGCCUGGAGUACUUUGUGAGGAUCUGGGCUGCUGGGUGUUGCUGCAGGUACAGAGGAUGGCAGGGUCGAUUACGCUUCGCCAGGAAGCCCUUCUGUGUCAUAGACUUCAUUGUGUUUGUGGCGUCACUGGCAGUGAUAGCAGCGGGCACGCAGGGAAACAUCUUCGCUACAUCUGCUUUGCGCAGCAUGCGUUUCCUGCAGAUUUUGCGCAUGGUGCGCAUGGACCGGAGAGGAGGCACCUGGAAGUUACUGGGCUCUGUUGUGUACGCUCACAGCAAGGAGCUUAUCACAGCCUGGUACAUCGGCUUCCUGGUACUGAUCUUUGCUUCCUUUUUGGUCUAUUUGGCUGAGAAGGACAACAACCAAGAGUUUUCUACUUAUGCUGACUCCCUCUGGUGGGGAACAAUAACCCUCACUACAAUCGGCUACGGUGACAAGACUCCACACACCUGGCAAGGUCGACUUUUAGCAGCUUGCUUUGCUCUGUUGGGAGUGUCAUUCUUUGCACUACCUGCUGGCAUCCUGGGUUCAGGUUUUGCUCUGAAGGUUCAGGAGCAACACAGACAGAAACAUUUUGAGAAGAGAAGGACGCCCGCUGCCAACCUCAUACAGGCCGCAUGGCGUCUCUACUCUACAGAUGCUCAGCAUUCAUAUCUCACAGCUACGUGGUAUUUCUAUGACAGUAUGCUGCCGUCUUUCAGAGAACUGACAUUACUGUUCAGUCAUCUCCAACGGUCGCGUAGCGCCAAGAAGGUUCUCCACAACUCCUACCAAACGUUGCUGUCGGGGCUCCGGCCUUAUAGCUCCCCCUACCUGUCGGGGGACAGGAGGACAGAUGUUUCAUGCAGUGGGAAGCUGGGAUUCCGUGACCGCAUCAGGAUGAACAAUUCCCGUUCCUCUCAGGCGCUCCGCAGCAAGCCUUCUCCUCUUCCAUCCGGAAACGUGCGUCAGUCGCCCACCACGGAGAACGUUCCAGAAGCCACCAGCCCCAGUAAAGUCCAGAAAAGCUGGAGCUUCAAUGAUCGGACUCGAUUCCGUACCUCUCUCCGCCUGAAACCACGGCCUGCUGCAGAUGUGGAGGGAAUUGGAGAGGAGAACGCAGAAGACAAAUCUUACUGUGAUGUUGCCAUGGAAGACGUCAUACCAGCAGUGAAGACCUUAAUUCGAGCUGUUAGAAUUCUCAAAUUCCUGGUGGCCAAGCGGAAGUUUAAGGAGACCCUGCGGCCGUAUGAUGUGAAAGACGUGAUCGAGCAGUACUCGGCCGGACACCUCGAUAUGCUUGGCAGAAUCAAAAGUCUGCAGAUGAGGGUGGAUCAGAUUGUGGGUCGUGGUGCUAUUUCAGCAGAUAAAAAGUCAAGGCCUGAGAAGGGAGAAAAAACUCCUCCUGAACUGGAUCAGAUGGAUGAAUUAAGCAUGAUGGGCCGUGUAAUGAAGGUGGAGAAGCAGGUGCAGUCAAUUGAAAACAAACUGGACCUUCUUCUCAACUUCUAUUCCCAGUGCCUGAAAAAGGGCUCGUCCCACUUCACGCUUUCCUCCCUGCUGGAACCCGACCUGACCUCCGACUACCACAGUCCCACAGAUCAACGCGACCUCUUCCCUUCUGCCAACACCCUUAAUAUCUCCCACUCAGACAGCGGCAACAUGGAAUGACCCAUGGGGAAACCGAAGAACUGCGAUCAUCCAGCAGCCCCGCGCUGACUGUAGCAUCAUCAGGGCGCUCAUCCAAAGCCUAAAUACCUCCCUACACUAAACUUACACUACUACAAAUCAUAUCAAAAAUAAAACAAAAAACUUUGCUGCAUCCUUGCAUGGGUUCUUCCUUUGCACAGUCGGAGAGUAGCAUCUUGUCUUGUUUUUCUAGAGUACGCCUUGCAAACGCCCUGGUAUUUCUUAGUGUUUGGGUUUUUAAAGAUGCACAUUGGUAGUGGUAACACAAAUUGCCACCCAACUAUCAGGUUCCUUGUUGCUUUUCCUUUGAAAUGAUUCAGGACCGUUUUGAAAAAUGAAUAAUAAUACUGCUGGAUGAAGACAUUAUUGACGUUUACGUGGCAUUCUGUGGACACUUGGACUUCUAGCAACUCUUAAUUCAGUCUUCCGAAAUACAUGGGGGGAAAAAGUCACCUGACUGCUAUAAAACUCUCCCCUCUUGAAUUUUUUUUUUCAAAUGAAUCAUAAUUUAUGCUGUUUCUUCCUGGAACUCUCAGUGCCAAUAUUGUUUCUUGGUUUUGGGUUUUUGAUAAUCAUUAGGUCCACAGAGCUAUUCUAUUUUUCUGUCUUGUUUUGUAUGAAAUCAGGGCAUUGUGAAUCUGUACUGAAUUUGAUUUUGGACACUAUUUCAUGGCCAUGGCCUUACACUUUGACCUGAUGCAACAGACCCCUUGUGCCACAAGAAGACAUUGAGCUUCUAUUGAAUGUACUAUGAACAUACGGUACACUUUCUUUGUCUAUGUGUUCCUUCAAGAAUAUAACCUCACAGAAUGAAGUACAGGACCGCAUGAUGGACUCGAGUGACCAAGGGGCAUUGGACAGCAGUUUCACCAAAGCAUCAUCUCCUGUCAUUUUUAUCUUGCAUGGUUUCCCAGCUCGUAAUUCUUGGCAUUUCAGGAAGGAAGAAAUUGGAAAAAUCUGUAUAAUGAGUUGGGUCACUCUCUUUUGCCACUGCAUCAUCAAGCCCACCAUGCAAAAAAGUGCAAAUAAACAAAUUAAAUGAUUCUUUAAUGAAAUAGCCAGCAUUAAAGUGCAUGUUAGAGGCGCAGUGCCUUGAAUAGUUCAGGCAAGUUUGAUUUAUUUUAGUGAGAUUAGUUAUAGGGGCAGUUCAUAUGCCUUUCUCUCCUCUAUGCCUUGAAGCCCAUUUCCUCAUUCUGCAUGUGCAUCAGGACUCAAACUGCUUUUCUAUAUUUCUCCCUUAAUGUGAGUCUAAAUAGAGAUAAGAUUGGGAUUAAGACUAAAGGUCUUUUACUGGAGUGUUAAACAAACCUCACAAUGGCCUUGUUUCUUUUAUCAUCCUGGAGAGAUCAAUAGGUCAAAGAUGAUUUAGCUUGAGGACAGUGGUGGCCGGUUACUUCUCUUCCAAGGGGCGCAAAUUCAAAAUAUGUGUUCAAAGUGUCGAGCAUGGCUUGUAAUGUCAAAAUAUGUGUUUGGUGCGUCAUGUGAACCUAUGUGCAUCAUGCGUCAUGUCAAAAAUACAUGCCUGCUGCACAUGCAUCGAAAGGGUUUAUGAUAAAGGAGACGCUCACGUUCACAAAUAUUUUUAUGACACUAACUUAACACUAAACUCUGAUUUCACAUGAGAUUAAGCUAGUAUCUGGCCAACCCGAGUGUCUCUUUUAUCAUAAACCCCUUGGGAGUGUCUGCAUCAUGCACAUAGGUUCACGACUCGCCAAACACAUAUUUUGAUAUGAUGCGUGAUGCACACAGGUUCACAUGACACACCGAACACAUAUUUUGACAUGAUACGUGAUGCACAUUGGUUCACAUGACUCGCGAACACAUAUUUUGACAUGAUGCGUGAUGCACAUAUGUUCACAUAAUUCGCAAACACAUAUUUUGACAUGAUGCGUGAUGCACAUAGUUUCACAUGACUUGCCAAACACAAAUUUUGACGUGAUGCACAUAGGUUCACACGACUCGCCGAACACAUAUUUUGACAUGAUGAGUGAUGCAUACAGGUUCACAUGACUCAACGAACACAUAUUUUGACAUGACGCGUGAUGCACACAGGUUCACAUGACUCGCCGAACACAUAUUUUGACAUGACACGUGAUGCAUACAGGUUCACAUGACUCAACAAACACAUAUUUUGACAUGAGGCGUGAUGCACAUAGGUUCACAUGACUCACGAACACAUAUUUUGACAUGACACGUGAUGCAUACAGGUUCACAUGACUCAACGAACAAAUAUUUUGACAUGACGCGUGAUGCACUUAAGUUCAAAUGACGCGCCGAACACAUAUUUUGACAUGACGUGUGAGGCACACAGGUUCACAUGACGCGCCAAACACAUAUUUUGACAUGACGUGUGAAGCACACAGGUUCACGACGUUCCGAACACAUAUUCUGACAUGAUGCGUGAUGCACAAAGGUUCACAACGCGCCAAACAUAUUUUGGCAUGAUGAACACAGGUUCACAUGACUCACGAACACAUAUUUUGACAUGAUGCGUGAUGCACAUAGGUUCACAACGCGCCAAACAUAUUUUGGCAUGAUGAACACAGGUUCACAUGACUCACAAACACAUAUUUUGACAUGAUGCGUGAUGCACAUAGGUUCACAACGAGCCAAACACAUAUUUUGCCAUUUUGACAUGACGUGUGAUGCACAUAGGUUCACAACGACCCAAACACAUAUUUUGGCAUAACGUGUGAUGGAUAUAGGUUCAACUGAUGGUCGAACACAUAUUUUGACAUUUUGACAUGACACGUGAUGCACAAAGGUUCACAUGACUCACCAAACACAUAUUUUGACAUGACGUGUGAUGCACAUAGGUUCACAUGACUCACCAAACACAUAUUUUGACAUGGUGCGUGAUGCACAUAGGUUCACCCUCGCCGAACACAUAUUUUGACAUGACGCAUGAUGCACAUAGGUUCACAUGACUCACCGAACACAUAUUUUGACAUGGUGCGUGAUGCACAUAGGUUUACAUGACACGCCGAACACAUAUUUUGACAUGACGCGUGAUGCACAUAGGUUCACAUGACACGCCGAACACAUUUUUUGACAUGAUGCUUGAUGCACAUAGGUUCAUAUGACGUGUGAUGCACAUAGGUUCACAUGACUCAAACACAUAUUUUGACAUGACGCGUGAUGCACAUAGGUUCACAUGACUCGCCGAACACAUAUUUUGACAUGAUGAUGGGCUAAAUGCAUGUUUUCAUGAGCUUCGCAUCAUGCCCCCUCGAAAAAAAGUCACUCGGCCGUCACUGAAUGAGAAUUUCAUUUAUCUCUCAGGCAUGGUGACAUACUUACCAUACAUUGUUUUUGGUAUAAAAACACUAUAAUUGUCAUGUUCUUUCACACGUGUCCUUAACCUCAGCCAUGUACACACCUUAUUCAGGAUUGAUAAGUAAAAAAAAAAACACGUGUCGUUGAGAAAGGCAUUAGUCUGGGUGCAUGAACUCAACAUUAGUAUCUAUGCAUGCAGUUUUGGGAAAGGUUCCAGCUUUAUUGGAGAUGCUGUAGCCAGCUCGGUUAUACAGCAGAAAGCAUGGAGGCGAUUUUAGGGAAAACAGCCCUCCUCUGCCUUACUGACACUGCUAGAGCACACAUAUCACGUGUUUACGGUACAACAGUGGACCUGAGAGAUUGUUUAGGCCACUGGUCAUGGCAUUAUUUCAUUAUCUAAUGGGCAGAACUGGACUGUAGAAUUUAAGCAUAGUUUUCUACAUUUCCUUUGCACAUUUACAGAUACAAGUAAAUAUGUGCUUGUAGAAAGUAUCAUUUCCCUUUAGAAAUUCUGCCUUUCGUUCAACUGUUACAAAUUAUUUAAAUCAUUCUUGUCUUGGUAUUUUUAAAUGUUUUUCUGUGUUUUUCAUCUACACAUGCUCGAACUUCUCUGUCCCUUUAAACAGAACACUGAACCUUUCAGGCAUUAAGUAAUAUAUAUAAUAUAUUUUUUGUCCUUAUGACAUGAUUGGUAACUGCUGAUGUAAGAAAUAACUUGAUCUAUAAUAUGUAUGUUUAACUCUGACAUGAUUGUAAAAUUAAUAAAUCCAGAUUUUCUUAA